UUGCUUAACAAAUGGGAUUUACAGAGGAAAUGAUUUUAUUUUAUUGCGACUCCGGAAAGUUCACAUUGAUGCGAAGCGUUCGAAUAUCAAUACCUUGGCCCGAAAAUCAAUCCCAGUCUUUGUCGCCUUCUCACCCCGAAACCAAAACCAUGAGUCUCUCUUUCCCUCUUCUCUGAAAACCAAUUCCCUGAUUUUUUUUUUCAGCAACUUCCUUUCUCCGAUUCAGUCUUCCACUUUAUUUAUUCACCAAAGAGGCAAAAGGAGAAAACAAAGAAGAAAAGAGCAUCUUGUUAGGCUUAUUGGCCAAAGAGUAUGCUGUAAUGCCAGUUUCUGAACAAGCAACUAUGACAAUCAAAUCAUACCAAAGCCAGGCUGGGUGGCUGCUUAAGGAAUAUAUACUGGCAGAUUCAUUUAUCCCAUACACCUCUAUCAUUGGUGGCAUGUUGGCUUGCAAAAUGGUCUAUGAUCUUACCCAGGUGAUCAGUGCAAUUUACUUUAGGAGCUAUGCCACCCUUUCAAAAAUCCAACGUAUUGAGUGGAACAACAGGGCCAUGUCAACUAUUCAUGCCAUUUUUAUCACUAUUAUAUCGUUGAACUUUGUGUUCUGGUCAGAUCUCUAUUCUGAAAACCAAUUUGAUGGCCUUAUUACACUUCGAUCUUCUCUGCUGUCUACAUUUGCCUUGGGGGUGUCGGUUGGUUACUUCCUUGUUGACCUUGGGAUGAUCCUUUGGUGUUAUCCUGCCCUAGGUGGAUUCGAGUAUGUGAUACAUCAUCUGCUUUCAAUAGUAGCAGUAGCAUAUGCUAUGUUAACCGGGGAGGGGCAGCUUUACACCUACAUGGUUCUUAUCUCAGAGACGACCACUCCUGGGAUCAAUUUGAGAUGGUAUCUUGAUACGACUGGAAUGAAGAGGUCUAGAGCAUAUCUAAUAAAUGGGGUCGUUAUGUUCUUCGCUUGGCUGGUUGCCAGAAUAAUCCUGUUCGUCUACCUUUUUUACCAUGUGUACUUGCACUAUGAUCAGGUUGAGCAGUUGCACAGCUUUGGGCUCUUUCUUGUAUCUGUGGUGCCAUUGGUGCUUACUGUCAUGAACUUAAUGUGGUUCUGGAAGCUUUUCAAGGGAUUAAAGAAGAUGUUAGCAAAGACGCAGUGAAGGAUCAUCCCUGAAAUUUUGACAGCAAAAGUGACUGAAUGAUUUCUCAACGGUUGUGGUCGGUUUCUCGAUUGUUCUUCAUAUUUUCUCAUCUCCUCUCACAUGUAAAUGGCCUAAAAUGUAAAUAGGCAGUCAUGGUUUAUGAUCAAUGUCAGUUUAGGUAUUCAAAAAAGAAGAAACCUGUUUGAUAUCAAGUACUAAUCUGUAUAUUGAGAAAUGAAAUAUAAUGUGAAAACUUGUGUCA